CCUCGACCUCCCACUCGUCCGUCUAUUUCCUUCCGGGAUCAGGUUCCUCCCUCUUCCUUCUCUCGUCUACGACUUCCGGUUCGGCUUGUCAUCGGGGAAACGACCCGGCUUCCAGUCGCGCAUCUGUGGGCGGAGUCAAGAUGGCUGAGGAGAAACUGCCGUCGAAAACUCAGGUUCCUGCAUCUGCUGAAUCUCAAAAAGCCAGGCAAAAAAAAGGCUGUCAUUAAAGAACAGCUUCAGGAGACUCAGGGGUUAUGUGAAUAUGCUAUCUAUGUCCAAGCGCUGAUUUUUCGCCUGGAAGGAAAUAUCCAAGAGUCCCUAGAACUCUUUCAGACGUGUGCUAUUCUCAGCCCGCAGUGUGCUGAUAAUCUCAAGCAGGUGGCCAGAUCUUUAUUUCUUCUGGGAAAACAUAAAGCUGCCACUGAAGUAUAUAAUGAAGCAGCGAAACUUAAUCAGAAAGAUUGGGAGAUCUGCCAUAACCUGGGAGUCUGCUACAUUUAUCUAAAGCAGUUCAACAAGGCACAAGACCAUUUGCACAGUGCCCUCCAGCUUAACAGGCAUGAUCUGACUUACAUAAUGCUGGGGAAGAUCCACUUACUGGAAGGAGACCUGCACAAAGCCAUUGAGAUCUACAAGAAAGCAGUGGAGUUCUCACCGGAAAAUACAGAACUCCUUACAACUUUAGGAUUACUCUAUCUACAGCUUGGUGUUUACCAGAAGGCAUUUGAACAUCUUGGAAAUGCAUUGACUUAUGACCCUACCAACUACAAGGCUAUCUUGGCAGCAGGCAGCAUGAUGCAGACCCAUGGGGAUUUUGAUGUUGCUCUCACCAAAUACAGAGUUGUAGCUUGUGCUGUUCCAGAAAGCCCUCCACUUUGGAAUAACAUUGGAAUGUGUUUCUUUGGCAAGAAGAAAUAUGUGGCAGCUAUCAGCUGCCUGAAACGAGCCAACUACUUGGCGCCCUUCGAUUGGAAGAUUCUGUAUAAUCUGGGCCUUGUGCAUUUGACUAUGCAGCAGUAUGCAUCAGCAUUCCAUUUUCUCAGUGCAGCUAUCAACUUCCAGCCAAAGUUGGGGGAACUCUACAUGCUCUUGGCUGUAGCUUUGACUAAUCUGGAAGACAUAGAGAAUGCCAAAAGAGCUUAUGCAGAAGCUGUCCGCCUGGAUAAGUGUAACCCUUUAGUAAAUCUGAACUAUGCUGUGCUGCUGUACAACCUGGGUGAGAAAAGGGGUGCCCUGACCCAGUACCAGGAGAUGGAGAAGAAGGUUAACUUUCUUAAGGACCAUAGCUCUCUGGAAUUUGACUCUGAGAUGGUAGAGAUGGCUCAGAAGUUGGGAGCUGCCCUCCAGGUUGGAGAGGCCCUGGUCUGGACUAAACCAGUCAAAGAUCCCAAAUCAAAGCACCGGACCACUUCAGCCGGCAAACCUGCCACUCUGGGCUCUAAUCAAGCUCUGGGACAGGCGAUGUCUUCCGCAGCUGCAUUCAGGAAGCUUCCUUCAGGUGCUGCAGGAGCCCAGCUCCAAAAGCCACCAUCACUUCCUUUGGAGCCUGAGCCCACUGUAGAAGCAAGUCCAGCAGAAGCAUCAGGAAAAAUGAGAGAAAAGUAGGAAGAAAAAAGAGAAAUACAGGGCCUGCCAAGAUGACCCUGGAAUAGGGUCCCUUUGUGAGGCCAUAUAGAAGGUGGUCAUAUGACCAGGCAGAUGGAGGCCAGCACUGUUCCCUGGGUGGGCACUGCAGAGUUAAAACAAUCCUGGCUGUGCAUGAUAAGAAGGAGCCUAAGGCCCAUGCAGCCAUUGGCUGGCCCAGUCAUUCAGGAAACAGGUGAAGACAGGCUACAUAACUUUGAGGCCCUGUGUAUAUAGCUCCAAGAGUCAACAGGCAAUGAUUAAAGACCAUCACUCUAUAGAGGACUUUCAUCUUGUGGUCUACUGGCCAUUUACUUGGUGCAAGGAAAGAGAGCUCUGCUUAAGUAGCCUGUGGUGAUGAAAUCCUGUCCUUAUUAGACCGUGGGAAACACAUCAAUCCUCAUGGCAAACACAACCUUGGAUCAAGAACCUAACUAAAUAAGGUAUUUCCCCAUCAUUUCUUUUAGACUAAGUUGAGACCCAAACUGGUAAGUAUUGCAGCUAUAUUUUACCCAAAGAGAAUCUAGAACAAGUUCCUAUUCUUAGAAGGAGUCAGAGUUUAGAGCCAGAUCAUGUCAAUAUUAAGAAGUAGGAGUCAAGGGCUGGUCUGCGGCAUCAAGGACUAAAGAAAAAAGAUGUGGAUAGGGGCCUGAGGAUGUAGCUCAGUGUUAGAGCACUUGCUUAGCAUGCACAAGGCCCUGGAUUCAAUCCCCAGUACUGCCAAAAAAAGAAGAAAGCUUCUUAGCCAGGGAAUUUUAAUGUAAGACAAUCAGUGAUAAACAUUGACCAGAUGCUAUCACAACACAUCAUAUAGCCUUUGUGAAAAUUAUGUAUCAUCAUUCCUUUGGGGAAAGUUGUUAUUCAGGUAUGAAAGAAAGAGGUCACAUUAAACAUGUUUGAAAAAAAACAAAAAACAA